CAUUAAGACUAAUCCAGUGUAGGCUUAAUCUAAAACUGUGACAAAAUAUAGACGCACAAUUACAGCAAGAAACAUUUCUUUUCAGGUGAAAUCGCGCGCCCUAACGGAUGGUGCGCCUCUGAGCGCCGGCGGAAUAACUUGAGAAUACUAUUCAACUACACCACAGUGUUGCCUUUUAAGUGGAGACGCCGUUUCCAAUGCUUCUACUGCAACAAAAACUAUGCAGAGUACGAUGGCUUCAAAAAACACACCAAAUCCCAUGACCCAUGUAGCACCAACGAUAACGCAUUGAGACUCAUCAGAGGGGCGCACAUUGAAAUUAAGAUUGACGUGUCAGAAGUAACGUGUGAAAUAUGCAACGAACCUUUCGCAGACUGGCCGGAAAUCGUCGAUCAUUUAAUCUUUAAACACAAAAUGGAAUUCGAUAAAACUGUAGAAAUACCCAUCCAGGCUUACAGGUUAGCCGAUUUGAAGUGCUUGUUCUGUGAAGAGAGUUUCACGUAUUUCGGUUAUUUGAUUACCCAUGUAAACAUGGCACAUCCUCAGAAUUGCUACAUUUGUGACGAUUGUGGGGUGAAGUUCAAUAAAAAACGAGAUUUAGCCGUCCACUUUCGGUCGUACCACCGCAAAGGGGGAUAUCCUUGUGACCAGUGCCCACUUGUGUUUGAAAAUUUCUGCACUCGGCGUACGCACCGAAACAACGUUCACUUUAGGAAGUGUUCAUGCUGCAGCCUAAGGUUUACUACACUAAGUUUGUUAAAGAAACAUAUAUCUGCGGCACACCCUAACACUGGUAGUCUAACUUGCGAGUACUGUGCCAAAUUGUGCCAAUCGCUGCAAGGCUUGCGACUGCACAAAAGCAAGUGCCGAGUCAGACUGUUAUCUACCACUAACGACACGGUAGACAGCUCUGUAUCUACCGAGCCAAAAAAGAAGCAAAACAUACAACAAAUUCGUCAGAACAUACACUGCAUUUUGAACAUGUCCACGGCUAUACCUUUUAAAUUCUUCUCUUCGUUCUCCUGCUUUUAUUGCUCCAAGAAGUUCGUAGAAUUUGACGAUCUUAAACAGCACACGGUAACGGAACAUCCUAUCUGCGACCUCAAAUCGAAAUCUAUAAAGAAUUGCAAGGGGCAAAGGGUAUGUGUCAAAGUAAAUAUAGCAUCUCUCCAAUGUAAGCUCUGCUGUCAACCAAUGGAAAAUUUGGACGUCCUGAUUGAUCAUUUAAUAUCGGAACACAGCGCCAGUUACGACAAGUCCGUCGUAGGUUGUUUAGAGCCGUUCCGCAUAAUCAAAGACAACAUACCCUGCCCACAAUGCCCGGACCGCACUUUUAGAUAUUUCGGGAUCUUGCAACGGCAUAUGAAUUCGGAUCACAGCAACAACAACAAAAUUUGCGACUUCUGCGGUCGUACUUUCAAGAACGUCAUCAAUUUAAAAGUCCAUAUAUCCCACUCUCACUCCGGCAGCGCCGAAUGUAAUACUUGUGGGGUGAAGUUCAAAAACCAAUGGUGUCUCGCAAGGCACCGUGCUAAGUCGCACGAUGUUAAAAAUUACAAAUGCCCCAAGUGCCCUGAAUUCUUUAAAUCCCAAUACGACAAGCAAAAGCAUUUGAUAAAAGUUCACGAUACCGGUCACAAGUGUGAGCAUUGUGGGAAGAUGUUCACGAGGAAUUCGUUUAUGAAAGACCACAUAAGAAGGACGCAUUUGAAAGAGAAGAACGUGCCGUGUAAUUUGUGUGGUGAGAAAUUUUUCGAUAAUUAUCUUCUGAGGUUACACAAGGUGAAACACGACGGGGAAAGGAAAUUUACCUGUAGCUUUUGUGGAAAAGCCUUCUAUAGAAAGAGCAAUCUGCACACGCAUACGGAAAUGCAUAACAAAUACGGGCACGCGAUUGGGCUGUUACAGGACAUUAAAAAAUAGCGCUGUAGGGCUACUCUGAAACGCUGUUUACUUAGCUUCAAGUCUAUCCGUCACCGUCUCAUGUCAUCUCGCUUUGCGUGAGAGGGAUGGCAACAUUCGAAACGGAUCACGUUUUUCGGAGUAACCUCCCUGCCUAUCUUUAGUCGAAUAUUACAGAGGUAUACCGCAUAACUGAGUAGGUUACGUGUGACGUAAUGGAGCUGUCACAGUAGU